CAGAGAGAGGAGCACAGUGACAGACAGAGAGUUUAAGUGAGAAAGACUGUCCUCUUGCAACAAUAAAGCAUAUGGUACCGACAGUGCAGUCAGAGCUGGAAAAUUACAAUCUCUCUCACACUCCUGCACCCUUUUUUUCUUAUGCCCGUGGAGCUCAGGGGGUUAGCUGCAAGUCAGUGGACUGAAACAAAAUGGGAACCUCUUCAAUCAUCAUGUUUCACCUUUUUUUCUUUUGAAUAGCCACGCUUAUGAUUGUGUGGCUGUGCUGCUCUGAGAAGAGGUGAAAGGAGUCACAGUCUGCCAGUGGAUACAGGUGCAGGUGCAGCGGGCCAUGAGUGGAAUACUGAAAAGGAAAUUUGAGGAGGUGGAAGCCUCCUCCUCCCCCUGCUCUUCCUUGCGGGAGUCUGAUGAUGAGGUCUCCUGCAGUGAGAGUGGAGAUAGCAGUGACAGUGUCAACCCCUCUGCCUCAGGCCCUUUCACCCCUGACUCGAUAUUGAAGAGAGAGAAGCGCCUGCGGACGAGGAGGGUGCAUUUUGAGAAUGUGACGGUGUACUACUUCAGCCGGCGGCAGGGCUUCACCAGCGUGCCCAGCCAGGGAGGCAGCACACUGGGCAUGUCCAACAGGCACAGCUGGAUCAGGCAGUACUCCCUUGGAGAAUUUGCCGUGGAGCAGGAGAGGAUCCACAGAGACAUGCUUAGAGAUCACCUGAAGGAGGAAAAACUCAAUUCAAUCAAACUCAGGCUGACUAAGAAUGGCACGGUGGAGUCUGAAGAGGCCAACACACUCACAGCAGGCGACAUUUCUGACGACGACAUCGAUCUGGACAACACAGAGGUGGACGAGUACUUCUUCCUGCAGCCUCUUACCACUAAAAAGCGCCGGGCCCUGCUGCGCUCCUCUGGGGUCAAGAAGAUUGAUGUGGAAGAGAAACAUGAACUGCGGGCCAUCCGGAUGUCCAGAGAGGACUGCGGCUGUGAUUGCAGAGUCUUCUGUGACCCAGAAACCUGCGCCUGCAGCCUCGCAGGGAUCAAGUGCCAGGUGGACCGUAUGUCAUUUCCAUGUGGCUGCACAAAAGAGGGCUGCACCAACGCAACUGGGAGAGUGGAGUUUAAUCCCAUCCGUGUUCGGACCCACUUCCUGCACACCAUAAUGAAGCUGGAGCUGGAGAAGAGCCGUGAGCAGCAACAGGCGUCCCCCAACAACGGUUACCGUAGCGAAACCACCGACCUGGGAGCUGGAAACCCUCUGGUUCAGUCCCAGCCAAGGUUGGAGUACUCUAUGUCGGACACCAUUCCACAGACUCCCAGCAUGCACCUGCAAGCCGCGGACGGGAUGGAAGAGCAGCUAGAUGACGAGGACGAGGAAGAAGAUGAAGAGGAGGAGGAGGAAGAGGAGGAGAUUGAGGAUGAUGAUGAGGACGAGGAGGAUAGUAGCAGCGUUUGCAGCGGACUGUCUGACUCCAGCACCCAGAGCUUGGCCAACAGCGACUCUGAGGACGACGAGGAGGAUGAGGAAGAUGAAGAGAAGUCUCAGGGCGUCAUGGCGACCCCGCCACUGUCCCACACUGAGGUCGUCCCCUUGUCCUCAGUGCUUUGUUACAGCGAUGGCUCUGUGACUCAUGAUAACAACAUGAAUGGAAACAAUUACUUAAUGAACUCGUCUCCGGCUGAGUACUAUCAGCUGGGGAGCUCCGCUGAGGUCUCUAACGGACAAACCAGCCGACCCAGUGAACCGUACGGAGAGUCCUUAGCAUUCCAAGAGCCAGUUGGCACUAGCAACAGCAGCCCGGCCCAAGGACAACUCAACAUGUCUGCCGAGCAGUACACAGACUUCUCUAAUCAGGCUGGGGAACAAUACACAGCUAAUCAACAUCUCACGCUGACCAACGUUUCUGCUGCGGCUGCCGCCCCUUUGACCUCCUACACAGUUGAUCCGGAGAAAAAGCCGUCGUCCAAAGCAGCGUUUGUGGAGCAGCCUGACAGCAAGACACAGUUUGAAAACUACCUGAACAAUAACACCCAGGGUUCCUACAGUAGCUUGUGUGUGACAGCUGAUCAGUCGCAGCAAGAGUCAGCUGUUAAUGGUCAUUCUGACGUGACCUUACUAGCAAACAACACUAAGAACCUCCCUUUACCAGACCAUUGCCCCGAGGUCACAGCCAUGUAAUGGGCCUCGCCUUUUAAAGUGUUCUUUCAUGAUCACUUCUGCCUGACCAAGUGGUGUUUUAAUAAUCAUGUGUUUUUUUGCCAUUAUUUGACCUUAAAAUUCAAGCAAUUGACAGCACCGUAAUACAUGUUCAUCUGUAACUGCUGUAUAAAGCCAUAGGGUUGUGAUUUAAAUGUUUUAAUGAUUCGCUCCUGAAGGUUUCUCCGCUACAGCGUGUGCUUAAAUUGCAAGAUGGAACAGAUAAAAAAACAUUUUAGAGCAUCAGUUAUGUCAUGCCGUGCAAUGUAUCUUGUAAUUUCAGAUGUAAAGUUCUAGUUUUAAGCAGAUAUUGUACCGUAGAUGGAACUUUUGUAUGUCUACUGUAUGUGUCAAAUGUGCAAAAAAAGUGUAUUGCCUGUUUAUUUAUUGUUUCUGAAUUAUGUGUAUACUUAUAUAUUGUAAAUGUUUUGAUAACAAUACGCAUGCUGAUUCUGGGAUCUCAGUGAAAUGUAGGGGAUUGGGGAUCUCUUUUGUUUUAUAUGAAAAUGUGUUCAUUAUGUACAUUUCUCUUAUUCUUUCUGUCACUAUUAUACGCUUUUCUAUGGUUUUGAAAGGCAUGAAAAAGCUUGAACUGUUAUUUUUAUCUUUGGAAUACAAUAUCAAUAGCAUAAAAUGUCAACAGCCUUUUGCACUUAUGUGAACUGGUCAUGUGGCAAUGCAGUUGGAAAAUGAUGGCCCCUAACUUGUUUCUUUCUCCACUGUUCCCUCUUAAAAAUAACGUAAAUUGCAGGUGCCUCCACGGAACAAAAUGUAUUCUUUGAAACAUUUAGUAAAUACAGGGAUAUUAAUAAAGUAGCACUUUGACAUAUCUCCAAAAAUAUUGACCCGAGAUAAUGUGCCACUAUUUCAUAAAUUAACUGCUUAUUGGAUUUCUGCUUUUGAACAUCAUAUAAGCCACAUUCCAAUGUCUCAUUACUAAGAUGUUUAUUUAUGUGGAUCCAAUAAUGAUGUUGAUUUGCUCUAUUGAAGUGAUAAGUGCAAUAGUUUGAGGGCUUUUAAUAGGCAUUCCCUUUAAGUGAAGAUCUUCAGUAAAGUAGACUGAAAUGUAUUUGAAUUGGUUGUCACGGCACUUGAUAGUGUGGGUAAAGAACCAUUAGUUCAAUAAUAAAUAUGCCACAGUUUUGAUAAUUGUAUACAGGAGGCAAAUGUUCAAGGUUGACAAUCAAAGCUCAUUAUCAGACACGACUCAUAUCAUUAAUUAACUGCUACACAAUAUGACUCACUGACAAAAAGGAAAUUGGAUUGACUGCUCAACAAAGGGGAGGGGGACUGCAAUAAUUAAGUGAAUAGUACUACUGUUAAUGAAGAGCUUUACCUUGAGCUCUGCACCUGUAUGGAUACAGAUAUUUGUGUCUUCUCAAGGCUUGCAAAUAUCUGCCCGUAACUCAUAAUCAGAAGGGUCAACGCCGGGGUUUUGGUGUUUCAAAAGAAGUUGUUUGUACAAAGAAGUGCACAGACUGCUUUCUGGCAAUCAGUGGCAUCAACAUGGCCUACAGAACAGAUGAAUUGUGCCAAAGCAUACAGUGUGAGAAGGCUAGCUACAAUGACACUGCAUCCGGUUAGAGAUCCUGUGUUGGCAUUUAUUUUCCAGUAUUUAUUAUGAAUGAUAUAUAUUGAAAUGUGUAUUUAUUGUGGUUUACUAAAAGUCUGUAUUGAGUAAAUUGCUUCACUAUCUUAAAACUGUAUUUUGUUCCAUGCUGGUUGUGAGUUGUAAAGCUUCAUGUGCCUGAUUUAUUUGAGUAUAUUUCUUAUUCUGUGAAAUGCAAACAUUUUGCACAAAAUGGUACAGUUUUUUUCAAUGUGUUUGGUUUUCAAACUGUAGAUAGUCAAUUUCCUUUUCAGAUGUUUCAUUUAAUACAUGGAUUUGAAAUUAAAAUUGCUAGCCAACCUU